AUGGCAGCAGUGGAAGUCGGGUUUCCGGCGGUAUCUCGAUGGAUCGCGGCCGACGACGACGGCGAGGCCUUUGUGAUUCGCAAGUUUGAUCGGCUCGCCGCCCGGAACCUGUUAUACCUACAGGCCCGUAUGUUGGCGCUCCAGGGGCGCCUUGCGCAAUGGGGAGUCCCUAUUCAAGAGGAGCAAGGACCCAAAGUCCCCAUGGAAACUAGAGAGAAGAUGAAGAAGCAUAUAGAUUUACAUGAAGAGCUCCGCAAGACCAUAAAAGAGUACCGUUAG